AUUGUCGUAUACUUAGCGAUACGCGUUGGAGGCUGAGGGCCGGAAAUCGCGGCAUCGGUGUCAUAGGAAAGCGCGAUGGCGGACUUUCAUAAGGCGAUAGCGAAGGCAAUCAAGGCAAGUCAGAGUCUUUAGGAUGCGAAGGGGCGUCGGUUGAGAGAUGUGUGUGCCAAGGGCUUGCAGAAGCUGCGGUUUUGGUGCGAGCUAUGUCACAAGCAAUGCAGGGACGCGUGCGGGUACAAGAACCAUUGCACGACGGAGGGUCAUUUGAGGAGGGUGCGCGUGUUUUCGCAGAACCCGAACAUGUUUUUGGACCAGUAUUCGAGGGAGUUUGAGAAGACGUUUAUGGAUUUGGUGCGCCGUCGGUUCCGGUUCAAGAGCAUUUUGGCGAAGCGAGUGUACAACGAGUUCAUUCAAGACCGGGAGCACGUGCACAUGAACGCGACGAGGUGGGAGACGUUGACGGAGUUCGUGCUGUACCUCGGGAAGGCGGGUCUGUGCGAAGUGACGAAUACGGAGCAGGGGCUGGUGAUUAGGUACAUAGACAGGGACCCGGCGAGGAAGGCGAGUCAGGAGGCGAUGAGGAUGAGGGAGAAGGAGGAGCUGAACGCCGAGCAGAGGCGGCAAAAGAGGUUGGAGGCGCAGAUGAGGGCGUACAAGGAGUUGUACGGGGAGGAGGGUGACGCGGAGGCGGUCGCGGGUGAGGAGGAAGAGGAUCCGGAGGGUUCGCCCCCGGAAAAGAAAGUUUGCCCGGCGACGGAGUCGGAAGAGCCGAAGACGGGCGCUGAGCCGAGCGUUUGUUUUUCGAUUUGUCAGCCCAAGCCGGUCGUGAAGCAACCGCCGUUGCUGUCGCUGUCCGCGGCGCCGAGCGCGCCGGCGCCGGCGCCCACGACGCUGGACGAGCUCCGAAUCGAGCAAGAGCGGCGCAAGGAGCAGCUGGGGCCGCAGAGACGACUGGCUGCACGUCGACAUAGUCGUGAAGAUCAUGAACAAGGAGGUCGGGGACGGCGCGUUCUACAGGCGGAAGGCGGUGGUGGAGCGCGUGCUCGACAAGUAUUUGGCGGUGGUGAAGCUGCUGGACGGCCCGGAAAGGCUCAAAAUCGACCAGGACGACCUAGAAACGGUCUUGCCCCACUUGGACGGGGACGUUCUGGUCGUCAACGGCGCCUACCGAGGCGAGAGGGCGGCGCUGAAGCAGUGCCUGCUGGACGAGGAGGCGGCGGUCGUCCUCCUGAAGACGGGCGCGAGCGCCGGGAGCCGCGUGGUCAAGGGAUACGAUGACAUCUCAAAGGCCUACGACCGCGAGGGCGCCCCGCAGACAAAGGCCCGAUGAGAGGAGAGAUACGUAUGCAUACAUAUGUAUGGGGAUAUAUAUAUAUAUAUGUGUGUACAUAAUAAAUGUGUAUAGAAAGGG